CGUUGUCGAAAUAAACAAAGAUGGCUGCAAAGUGACGAUUUUUAGUACACAAAUUUUUUGUUUUUAUCCAUUACAGUGAACACAGAAUUAAUUCACCAUGACGAGUCCAAGAGAAAAGACGAAGCCAGGGAUUGAUUGUGUUGCAAAAAUUGAUACACCAGUUGACUUCUCAUUUCUUGAACUAACAACAGUCUCAGAGGCUUUAGAUGAAGAACCAAGAGAAGUUUCUCCAAGAAAAGGCAGACCAAAAAGAACAAAAAAUGACAAAUAUGACACUAAAUGUUUAAAACUAAACAAUAAUUUACUGCAAGAUCUUGGGGGUCUAACAGAUCAAGUUGAAAAACUAGUAGAAGAUCCAUCUGAAAUAUCCUGGAUUGAUUUAUCCUUCAAUGAACUCACAACAAUUGAUCAGGCACUUUGUAAAUACCCAAAACUGAGGAUAUUGUAUCUCCAUGGUAAUGGUAUUUCAAACAUCAGAGAAGUGGAAAAACUUGCAAAAAUUCCAACUUUAAGAAAACUCAGUCUGCAUGGAAACCCAAUAGAAAAUACACCAGGUUAUCGCAAUUUCAUCCUCACACACCUCACAGGGCUACAAGAGUUUGACUUUAGUGCUGUAACAAAAGCAGAUCGGGCAACAGCUAACACUUGGAAAAAAAUGAAUGUAAUGCCGAAACAUUCCAAAAAGACUGAAGAGAAAAACUGACAGUUUUACAUAUGAAUAUUAUUUUAAAAGCACACGACGUGUGCCCAAAGUUUUAAAACAGUAAGAUAUAGUAAAAGGUAAAUUGGCAGAUUUUGCCCAAAAUUUUACUUGUAUUAAGAUCCAUACAAAAUAGGCCUACAGUAAUUGUCUGUUUUGAAGACCCUCAGAUGAUUACCAUUUUCUUUCAUUUUGAGAUGUAUUUUUGCAAAUCUAAAAUGAAAAGAAAGACUGUUUUGUAGUGCUUCGUCAAAAACCAUUUUCUUGUAUUUAAGAUGAGAAUGAAAGAACACACACCGUCCUUUAGUAUUUUUCAUGCGUUCCUUAGUCAUUCCAUAUCAUUAACACUUCAAAUGUAAGAUCUAUUUAUACUUAUUACCAGUUACUUAUUGAAUAUGACAUAUUGUACUUCUACUUAGUUUGGUGGAUUUGCUAUUUUGAACAUUUGGCGGCUACUAAAUUUGGCAGACUGGCAAUA